GGACAAUUAUUUUGUAAGUGGCGCUGCAUAACUGCUGAAUUCUGGCUUUGCUUCAUUGGGCCUGUGGAUUUUUGUUACUCCUUUUCUGCAAAAUAAGUUGAACAGGCAAAAUGGACUUCUCAAAGCUACCCAAAAUCCGUGAUGAGGACAGAGAGGCUUUAGUUGGCUAUGUCCAUGGAGUCUCGGGACCUGUGGUCACGGCAUGCAACAUGGCAGGUGCUGCUAUGUAUGAGCUGGUACGAGUAGGCCACAGUGAACUGGUGGGGGAGAUUAUCCGACUGGAAGGUGAUUUGGCAACUGUCCAGGUGUACGAAGAAACCUCUGGUGUCUCUGUAGGAGAUCCUGUACUUCGUACUGGCAAACCCUUGUCAGUGGAGCUAGGGCCUGGCAUUAUGGGAGCUAUUUUUGAUGGUAUCCAGAGGCCUCUCUCGGACAUAAGCACUCUGACCAAAAGUAUCUAUAUCCCUAGAGGUGUCAACGUGUCAGCUUUGAGCCGAGACAUCAAAUGGGACUUCACGCCUUCCAAAAAUCUGCGGGUUGGCAGCCACAUCACUGGUGGAGAUAUUUAUGGUGUGGUGAACGAAAACUCCCUUAUCAAACACAAAAUCAUGCUGCCCCCACGGAACAGGGGUACAGUUACAUACAUCGCUCCACCAGGAAACUACGACACUUCAGAUGUUGUCCUAGAGCUGGAGUUUGAAGGUGUGAAGGAGAAGUUCACUAUGGUCCAGGUCUGGCCUGUACGUCAAGUCCGUCCUGUUACUGAGAAGUUACCAGCCAAUCAUCCUUUAUUAACUGGUCAGCGGGUCCUGGAUGCCCUCUUCCCGUGUGUACAAGGGGGUACAACAGCGAUUCCUGGGGCAUUCGGUUGUGGGAAGACUGUGAUCUCGCAGUCUCUCUCAAAAUACUCCAACAGCGAUGUCAUCAUUUAUGUAGGCUGUGGAGAACGAGGAAAUGAAAUGUCUGAAGUACUGAGAGAUUUCCCUGAGUUAACAAUGGAAGUUGAUGGGAAGAUAGAAAGCAUCAUGAAGAGAACAGCUCUGGUAGCAAAUACCUCCAACAUGCCUGUGGCUGCCAGAGAAGCCUCUAUCUAUACUGGAAUCACCCUGUCCGAGUAUUUCCGGGACAUGGGCUACCAUGUCAGUAUGAUGGCAGACUCUACUUCCCGAUGGGCUGAGGCCCUCAGAGAAAUCUCAGGGCGACUGGCUGAAAUGCCAGCUGACAGUGGUUAUCCAGCCUACCUUGGUGCCCGUCUAGCCUCUUUCUAUGAGCGAGCUGGCAGAGUGAAGUGUCUGGGAAAUCCUGAAAGGGAAGGCAGCGUCAGCAUUGUUGGAGCGGUGUCUCCCCCAGGUGGUGACUUCUCUGAUCCUGUCACAUCUGCUACACUGGGCAUUGUUCAGGUUUUCUGGGGCCUGGAUAAGAAGCUGGCACAACGCAAGCACUUCCCCUCUGUCAACUGGCUGAUCAGUUACAGCAAAUACACGCGUGCCCUGGAUGAGUACUACGACAAGCAUUUUACAGAGUUUGUCCCUCUCAGGACAAAGGCCAAAGAGAUCCUACAGGAGGAAGAGGACCUUGCAGAGAUUGUGCAGCUUGUGGGGAAGGCUUCCUUGGCAGAAACAGAUAAAAUUACCUUGGAGGUUGCCAAGCUGAUAAAAGACGACUUCUUGCAACAGAAUGGUUAUACGCCUUAUGACAGGUUCUGCCCUUUCUAUAAAACAGUGGGAAUGCUUUCCAAUAUGAUUGCAUUUUAUGACAUGGCACGCCGUGCCGUAGAAACCACAGCCCAGAGUGACAAUAAGAUCACGUGGUCCAUCAUCCGAGAGAACAUGAGCGAAAUCCUCUACAGACUUACCUCCAUGAAAUUCAAGGACCCUGUGAAGGAUGGUGAAACAAAAAUCAAGGCGGACUAUGCUCAGCUGUUUGAGGAUAUGCAGAAUGCAUUUCGCAGUCUGGAAGACUAGACUCGACCUCUGUGACCACUCCAGUUUGUCCUCUCAAUUCCUCAUCUCAACUCCUCUGCUUCCCUACCUUACAAGAGUGAUGCAACAGUACUUGAGUUGACAAAUAGCCCCAUGUUUCCCCUGUUCAUACUCAGAGUGUCCUUACAAAACAUUCCUCUUAGUUUGUGUUUGGCAUUGCUUUGCAUGUCUGAAAUGGUGAGUGAUGUGUGAAUGGGCCUGGCUGAGUGAGGAAAUGCUGUUGUACACUUCUAGGGUGGGAAAAAUUUCACCUUCCCUCUCCCAGCUCUCUUAGUAACCGGUCUUUCACCUUGGGAUGUACCCAGUUGAGCUGUACCAGCAGAGGAGGUGUAGAUCUUAAUGUCAUCUCGCGGUACAUUCUGAGCUGGCAGUGGUAAGGGCAUUUACAUCUGGCACUUUGCUAAGUGACUAUCAUGACACAGAACUCCCUAUUCUCAAACAGAACUUUUCUCCAUAUUCUGAUGACAUGUUGAUACAACCAAAAAUUGUUCACUACUCUGUCCCUUCUGCAAGCCUCAGCUGAGUCUGUUGCUACUGAAAUGUGGUAAUUCUAGAUCUUCCCAAGAAAGGACUAACUAGAAGAUGAGCAGCACGUACAAGCGGCCAGUAUACUUUUGUGCACUGGAGAAAUAUAAUUUUAUUUUCCUAUUUAAUGCAGAUAGGACUGUUGGACUCAGCAUCAGCUAAAAUCAAAGCCAUAGGUGCUCAGCUUC